AUGGCGAAGAAAGUAAACAGGCGAAUUUUAAAAACCGAAAAUGCACAACAAAAUGACAAAAAAGAUAGAAACAGUGCAAGAAUCAAAAAUAAAAAAUGUCAUAUCAAUAUGGAUGCACAACCGAAACAGCAUUUAUUUUUUAGGAACCUUGUUAGCGCUGAUGGUAUUCGACCCUUCUCAAUAGCUGCAUUGGCUGUCUUGUUUGGAUUUUUUAAUAGCUAUCAUCAAGCUACCAUGUUUGAAAACGAUCGUCACUUCUCACAUCUAUCCUCAUUAGAACGAGAAAUGACUUUUCGAACUGAAAUGGGUCUUUACUAUUUUUACUACAAACAAUUAACAGAAUCAACUUCGUUUUUUGAUGGAAUAAAGAAAAUUAUGAAUGACAAUAUCACAGAGUACCCUUCAACCAUAAACACUUUGGAAAGAUUUACAUUAUACCCAGAAGUACUUUUAGCGGCUGGCUAUAGGUGUAUUAAUAGCAUUGCUAACUUCUUUAACAUCAGUCUUAAGGAAUGUUGGGAGGUUCUUCGAGGCGAUGAUUUACCCACAAUUGAAAGUUGUGAAGGUAUAGGUGAUCCGGCAUACUUUUAUGUAACAUGUGUGUUUUUACUUAAUGGCUUAGUAGGAUCUCUCAUGUUUUUGUAUGGAGUUGUCUUAAGCAAUUCUAUAUCUGGUGGACUACUAUCAGGAGUUUCUUUCUUCUUUAACCAUGGAGAGUGUACCAGAGUUCAAUGGACACCCCCGUUAAGGGAAAGCUUUGGAUAUCCCUUGUUUUUAUUACAAUUAAUGCUUAUUACUCUAACUUUAAGAUGCCAGAAGCUGUCAUUUUCUCAUUCUGUUAUCAUAGCCAUUCCAUCGAUGUUUUUUAUGCUUUCAUGGCAGUUCGCACCAUUUGCCUUAUUAACUCAAAUUUUGGCAUUGUUUGGAUUAUACAUGCUCAAUGUUGUAAGAAGUGAUGUCCUCAAUUGUAUAUUGAAAGGCCAUCUGAUUAGCCUUGCAGUUUCAAUUGUUUUCCUUUUUGGAAAUAAGAUGCUGAUUUCUUCCUUAUACACUUCAACAUUGAUUGUGUGUCUUGUUUUUCAAGCUGUUUCACUGCUGAUUGGCUGUAUUCUGGUUAAAUUAUUCUUAUCAACUGUUUUACAAGUGGAAGAUGAUGCCCAUAUUUGGAAUUUGUUAAAGUCGAAGUUCACAUCGUAUAGAGAUUUCCACACCAUGCUGUAUGUGUGUGCAGUGGAGUUUGAUUUUUUACCGGUGGAGACACUGAUUGAGCUCUCUAAAACUUUUGCUCUACCUCUUGCUAUUGCAGUAGUUUUUUACAGUUUCUAUGCAAUGUUUUUAUUGGAGAUAAAUACCUCGCAUGAAAAUGCUGCUAUGUUAUACAACAUAUUGCAAUGCUUUGCAUUUUUCAUUAUGGCUGCCUUAGUGAUGAGACUUAAACUGUUCUUUUCUCCACAUUUAUGUCUUCUAGCUUCUGUUGCAAUGUGUGGCAAGUUUUUUACAUUUCUGGAUGCUAAAGGAUUGAGAUAUUAUAUACUGUUUGGGUUACUUGGAUUAAUGAGCAUUCAAGGAGCCUUAAAUAUAAAGCAUCAAAGAGCUAUUAUUGGAGAAUUUCAUAAUCCUGAUCUAGAAGAACUUAUAUCAUGGAUUAAUUCAACUUUGCCUGAAAAUGCUGUAUUUGCUGGUCCAAUGCCAACAAUGGCAAAUAUACUCUUGUCAACUCGAAGACCCAUUGUGAAUCAUCCUCAUUAUGAAAAUGCAGGCUUAAGGGAAAGAACUCAUAAAGUAUAUCAAAUAUUUAGUCGAAAACCUGUGGCAGAAGUCCAUCGAAAGCUUUUAUCAAUGAAGAUAAAUUACAUUGUUCUUGAACGCAGCUGGUGUUUUGGGCGAAGAAGAGAAGGCUGUGCAAUGGUAGAUUUAUGGGACUUAGAAGAUCCUGAAAAUAAAGAGCAUGAAAAUGUGUGUCAAAAAAUAGUAAAGAGUCCUCAUCCAUUCCGAAAAGUGUUCAGAAAUUCUGUUUAUACAGUUUUAGCUGUAUAA